CGUAAAUUAUGUUUCGAAUUGGAUAUUUUUUGGGCAGUGGAAAUUCACUUCACCCUCCUAUGUUUUAUCUUCUCUUUAUCGCGAUUGGGGUGUUAUACGCCGCCUCCAUCCCCGUUAUCAUGGUGUAAACGCCACCGCGUUAAAUGUUUGACGCAGUAGAGAGCCGUUACCUCCCCCUUCCCAAGAUAAGGAAGCAUGCGAGGUUAAUCCAUCAUUUGGUACGGCCCAUAGGGGCGGGCCCCGAAAGGCAGCGUAACCAGACCGAAACAAACCCUCCAAGAAGACCCUCAAAGGCACACAAUAAAUACCACCAAACCUUUACUCUCUCUUCCCCCCAACCCACCAAAAUCCCCCUCUCUUCUCCCCUCCCAAAUUCCGUUCCCCCGAAAACAAAUCUCUGCGAUUUUUCCUCCAGAUGGCAGUAGCGACGUCGGAGCUGCCGCCGCCGCCGCCGCAUCCGUACCUGGUCGAGAAAUGGAAGCUCUCGAGGAAGGAGAGCUCCGCCGCCGUGAAAUCGGCGGCGCCGCGGCACCGGAGGUGCUCCUUCACCAGAAAAUGCGCCUCCCUCGUGAAGGAGCAACGGGCGAGGUUCUACAUCAUGCGGCGCUGCGUCACCAUGCUCAUCUGCUGGCGCGAUUACACCGAUUCCUGAUGAAGAUCCACACACAGAGAGAGACAGAAAAAUUGAAAAAAAAAAACACAAAACAAAAAAGCCCCCAAUUUCUCUUUCUUUCUAUGUGAUGGAGAUUCGUCAAAUUCCAGCGUCCGAGAAGGGAAGAGAAAGAGCAAAUCUCCACCGAUCGAGCUUUGUAUAUAUAUCAUAUAGAGAUUCUAAUCAUUGUUAUUAUUAUUUUUAAAUACCAUUAGUUGGUUCUUCCAUUUUUUGUUUUGUUUUUGAGUUUUAUUAGUUCCGGUUCCAGAGUUAUGUUGCAGAGGAAGCAAAAAAUUGAUUAAAUUAAU